AUGAUGGUCCACGCAGAAACCGUAGAGAAGGCACCGGCGAAGACGCUCCAUAAAGUGCGACAUUUCACGCCAAGUGUUGUGAUGGCCGAUGUUGCGACGGCCUUGGUUGUUGGUGCCGCCGCCGCCGUUCCCAUUUCCAUUGUUGACUACAGUAUUAUGGCGCGGGUGGCAGGUGUCACAGACAGUAGCCUCCGCGAACUCUGGCGGGGCACGAAGACAUUAUUCUUACGCCCUCAUCGUUUCUUUUUGCCAUGUGCAGAGAAUAAGUGCAGCCUGGUAUUUGCUGUGUGUUUUGUGGUCUACACCAGCACAUACAUUGGCUCUAACACAAUGAAGAGUUACUGUGAGGCCAAAGGCUGCACCCCGGAGUCUGCCAACUUUGCCGCUGGUAUCAUGAGUGGUGUGGCUAACACCAUCACAACUGUAUGGAAGGAUGGUAUUAUUCUUCGCUCCCUACCACCUGUGAAUGCGGAAAUGUUAGCCAACUCAAAGAAACCCGUGCCGUGGUUAACCCGUGGGCUGUUUUGUACCCGUGACACACUCACUUGCCUUGCCGCCUUUACUAUCGCCCCAAUGGUGGCAAAUUGGCUCUCGCGGCGUUGCUGGAACCCGGCUGAAAACGCAAAGAAGAAGUUGCCUGAGCCGGUGGAGGGAAAAGUGAAGAUUCCACUGCCUACAGCAGACAUGGCGCAGCUGCUCACUCCCGCAGCCUUGCAGUUUGCAACGACGCUGUUGCACAUUACUGCCAUCCGCUAUCAUCAGACGUACCCGAAAUUUAGCAUGGGAGAUCUGCAGUCCAGUCUGCGGGACACUUACUUAUCCUCCACGAUGUUGCGUGUCGUCCGCAUCCUGCCUUCAUUUGGAGUCGGUGCGAUUCUUAACCGCGAACUCCGCUCGGAUCUACUCGACCGUGCGGAAGGCCCUACCGCAUGA